GCUCCCGUCAGCCAAUGGGACUCGGCGGAGUGAGGCCAGGGGCGGGGUCAAGGGUCAGCUCCGAUCCAAGAUGGCGGUGGCGCCGGGGAGGCGACGGCCGGCGGCGCUGCUGUGCGCUGCGCUCUGCCUCGGGGCCGCCCUCGCCGUGGACCGCAGCAACUUCAAGACGUGCGAGCAAAGCGGGUUCUGCCGGCGCCAGCGCGGCCUCAGCCCCGGGCAGUCUCCGUACCGAGCCCUGCUGGAGUCGCUGCAGCUCGGUCCCGACGCCGCCAGGAUGCAGCUCAUCAAUGAGGCCACCAAGGUCCCGUUGCUGCUGGAGCUGUGGGGGCUGCAGGGCAACAUGACCCGGAUCCGCAUCAAGGAGCUGAACCCGCUGCGGCCGCGGUUCGAGGUGCCCGAUGUGCUGGUGGCGGAGCCGCCGGUGGAGCGGCUGGCGGUGACGGGGCGGGACGAGGGGAGCUUGGAGCUGUCGCUGGGCCCGGCGGGACACCGGCUGCUGGUGACGGAGAAGCCGUUCCGCAUGGACCUGCUGCGGGACCGGGAGCUGCUCUGCAGCGUCAAUGCCCGCGGGCUCCUCUUCUUCGAGCACCUCCGGCAGCGCCGGGACUCUUUCUCGGAUAAGCUUAGUAGCUCGGUCGGUAGCUUGUGGGAUAAGAUCAAGACCCUUUUCCAUAGGGACACCCCCAGUGAGCCCACAGCAGAGGAGGGGGCAGCUGCUGAGGGACAGGAGGAAGCUGCUGGUGGGACGGAGGAGGCUGGUGAUCAGAGCGAGAAGGUAUCACAGGGAUGGGGGGCCACGGCUGAGGCUGCGGAGGAGCCUGGCGCCUGGGAGGAGACAUUCAAGACGCACACAGACACCAAGCCCAACGGACCCACCUCGGUGGGGCUGGAUUUCUCCCUGCCCGGCUUCGAGCACGUCUACGGCAUCCCUGAGCACGCCGAGAGCCUGCGGCUGCGCACCACCGAGGGGGGGGACCCGUAUCGCCUCUACAACCUGGACGUCUUCCAGUACGAGCUCUACAACCCCAUGGCCCUGUACGGCUCCGUCCCGCUGCUCCUGGCACACAGCGCCCGCCGCACCCUCGGCAUCUUCUGGCUCAACGCUGCCGAGACUUGGGUUGACAUCAGCUCCAACACGGCCGGGAAGACGCUCUUUGGGAAGCUGCUGGAUUACAUGCAGGGCGGAGGGGAGACGCCGCAGACCGACGUGCGCUGGAUGUCGGAGAGCGGCGUCAUCGACGUCUUCCUGCUGCUGGGCCCCACGCCUGCCGCCGUCAUGGGGCAAUACGCUGCCCUCACCGGCACCCAGGCACUGCCCCCCCUCUUCGCUUUGGGGUACCACCAGAGCCGCUGGAACUACAACGACGAGGAAGACGUGGCCGCGGUGGAGAGGGGCUUUGAGGAACACGCGGUCCCAUGCGACGUGCUCUGGCUGGACAUCGAGCACGCCGAUGGCAAACGCUACUUCACGUGGGACCCCAGCAAGUUCCCCCGGCCCCGCGCCAUGCUGGAGCGACUGGCUGCGAAGAAACGCAAGAUGGUCAGCAUCGUGGACCCCCACAUCAAGGUGGACAGCGGGUACCGUGUCCACACUGAGCUGCGCUCCCGCGGUUUCUAUGUCAAGACAAAGGAUGGGAGCGACUACGAGGGCUGGUGCUGGCCGGGCUCUGCUGCGUACCCCGACUUCACCAACCCCGAGAUGCGUGCAUGGUGGGCGUCCAUGUUCGCAUACGACCAGUAUGAGGGCUCAACCGAGAUCCUCUUCACAUGGAACGACAUGAACGAGCCCUCGGUGUUCAGCGGCCCCGAGGUGACCAUGCACAAGGACGCGGUGCACCACGGCGGCUGGGAGCACCGCGACGUCCACAACCUCUAUGGCCUCUAUGUGCAAAUGGCAACGGCCGAGGGGCAGAUCCAGCGCUCGGGGGGGCAGCACCGGCCCUUCGUGUUGAGCCGCGCUUUCUUCGCCGGCUCCCAGCGCUAUGGCGCUGUGUGGACGGGCGACAACGCAGCCGAGUGGGAGCACCUCAAGAUUUCCAUCCCCAUGUGCCUGAGCUUCGGGCUGGCCGGGUUGGCUUUCUGUGGGGCGGACGUGGGGGGCUUCUUUAAGAACCCCGAUGCGGAGCUCCUGGUGCGCUGGUACCAGGCGGGCGCCUUCCAGCCCUUCUUCCGCGCCCACGCGCACCUGGACACGGCGCGGCGCGAGCCCUGGCUCUUCGGGGAGGACAACGCGGCGCUGAUCCGCGGGGCCGUGCGGCUCCGCUACGCUCUCCUGCCCUUCUGGUACACGGCCUUUUACCACAGCCACCGCCACGGCCUGCCCGUCAUGAGGCCGCUGUGGAUGGAGUACCCUGAGGACACCACCACCUUCGCCAUUGAUGAUCAGUACCUGCUCGACAGGGCGCUGCUGGUGCACCCCGUCACGGAGCAGGGUGCCCGUGGAGUGCAGGUCUACCUGCCCGGCAAGGGAGAGGUCUGGUACGACACCGUCUCCUACCAGAAGCACCAUGCACCACAGACGCUCUACAUGCCGGUGACCAUGAGCAGUGUGCCGGUGUUCCAGAGGGGGGGGACGGUGGUGCCACGGCAGGAGCGGGUGCGACGUUCAACCGAGUGCAUGCGGGGGGAUCCCUUCACCCUCUAUGUGGCCUUGAGCCCUCAGGGCACGGCUGAGGGCGAUCUCUUCCUGGACGAUGGGAAGAGCUUUGAGUACGAGACAAAGGCGCAUUUCCUCCACCGACAAUUCACCUUCGCUGGCAACACGCUAACAGCCAGCUCUGCAGACCCCCGGGGCUCCUUUGACACCCCGGUGUGGCUCGAGCGCGUGGUGAUCCUGGGGGCAGGGAAACCUGGCGCCGUCAUCCUCCAGCCUGCGAACGGCUCAGAGACACGCCUGGACUUCCAGCACGAGGCCGAGCCGCCCGUCCUCACCGUGCGCAAGCCGGGCGUCCGCAUGGGCGAUGACUGGGCCAUCGUCCUGCGAUAAUGCAGAGGGGGGGGGGCUCCUCCUCACACCCAC